CGCACGCAUACACCGAGCACUCACGCGCAGCCGGUCUGUCGAUGUGCGCCGUCCACGCGGUGGCGAGGAGAACGGAAGGUGUCAGACUCGCUUCUAAUAAGAUAUUGCACCGCUCCCCAUAACAAGAAAGGCGAACGAUCCGCUUAGAUGAUAUCCAUGGCUCUGUAACAUCGCAUCAUUUGCAGUACGCAUCUGAAUCGCAUUUUAGUGGUGUGAACUUUAGUCCCGUCCUUUGUUUCUGACCUUGUGACCCCAGAUUGUCACGGCACCGUGAUUGAGGAGGCCACCAUGAGUCAGGAGGGGCAGCAUGACCCCCUCCACAAAGAGAGUCCACCUCCAGAUACACCACCGGCGUCUGAGAUCUCUCAAAUCCAGGAUGAAGAGUCUGAGCCUGGGGAAGAGAAGACAGAAAGCCUUAAGCGUGAAAACAUGAAGCCAUGCAAUGGUACAGAGGAGGGUGAAACAGAGGUGGACAGUGAGGAGACUGGAGAGGCGGAUGUUAAACUGGGAUCAGAGACUUGUGAAAAGAGUACCCAAAAUAUAAAACCCAGUGAAAUGGACCAAGAUCAAGUACGAUUAACAAAGGAAGGAAGAAUUGGAGAGAUUGUGGGUGUCUAUCCUGAAUCUGGCAAUAAGAACAUCUGUGAAGGUGAAAACACACAAACUUUGCUGCCCCAAAGCCCAGCAGAAGGUUUAACCAAGCUCCUGUGUCCUUUGAGGUUGGAGAACGGGACUGAAGAUGACAGCGAAGGCCAGGAGGAUGAGGAUGGGAUUGUGGAAGAACCUUCGACACAAGGGAAUCUAGAUGCCUUCAGCUCCACAUUUGAACUUUCUGUAGAAGAAGCAGAUGCUGAGGUAGAAGACGAGGACAGAGGAGAGCAGAGCGAGAGGCAAAAUCAGGACAGUUUCAGCUCGACAUUCGAGCGCAUUGUCGAGCGGGUCUCCAAGGCAACAGCCGUUGAGGAGGAGGAAGACGAAGGUGAGGAAGAGUACGACAGGACUAAAGAAAGCCAGGACGGUUUCAGCUCAACGUUUGAACGUAUCGUUGAAUCAGAGCUUCUGCGAGGUGGGACUUGCUACAGCAGUCUGGAUUCUCUGGACGUGCUGUCGCUUACGGACGAGACGGACAGCUGCGUCAGCUUUGAGGCCCCGCUCACCCCUCUCAUCCAGCAGAGGGCUCUCAUGGGCCCUGAACCUCCAGAACUGGAGCUGGAGACUGUGCAGGAAGGAGCUGAGAACCAAGAGGGGGAGGCCGAGCUGGGGUCCGAUGCGACAAGGGAGGGAGUCAGAGAUGGAGCCGAUUUUGGAAGUCCUCUACGAACCACCAUACCAGGAAGCAGGUCGGAAAAUGUCUUGAGCCAACCGGCACAAUGGAGCAUCCCUAAUGGAUUCCACACUGGGAAUGAAGAGAGCGGGGGAACCAUGCCAAACUCUUUAAGUGAUGCAAACCUCACAGAUGCGCUGUGCGACUCAGAGUCAGAGUUGGGCAGCGUGGAGACGCUGGAGAGUGGCAGCACUGACACACUCGCCAACGGUUGCCGUGUCGACACGGAUGCUGCCAAACGAUUGGCCAAGCGCCUGUUUUACCUGGAGGGCUUUAAGCGUUGUGAUGUUGCCCGACACCUGGGCAAAAAUAAUGAAUUCAGCCAGUUGGUGGCCUCUGAAUAUCUGAGCUUCUUUGACUUUACAGGGUUGUCCUUAGACAGAGCAUUAAGGAACUUCUUGAAAGCUUUUCCUCUGAUGGGAGAGACACAGGAGAGAGAACGUGUGCUGGUGCAUUUCUCCAAACGCUUCUGCUGCUUUAACCCAGAGGCGUUCACCUCGGAGGAUGGGGCUCAUACAUUAACCUGCGCACUUAUGCUUCUAAACACAGACCUGCAUGGACACAACAUUGGGAAAAAGAUGUCCUGUCAGCAGUUCAUCAGCAAUCUGGACGGACUUAACGACGGCAAAGACUUUCCCAAAGACUUACUCAAGGUGCUUUAUAACUCGAUAAAGAACGAGAAGCUGGAGUGGGCGAUUGAGGAAGAGGAGCUGAGGAAGAGUCUGUCUGAGCUGGUGGAGGAGCAGUGCGAGGCCGGGGGGAAACGGGUUGUCAGGGUAACGGAUGGCAGUAACCCUUUCAUUGCCAUUCCGCUUUUACUCAACGCUGUCACGUACAAACACGGGGUUCUGUCGCGCAAAAGUCAUGCAGAGAUGGAUGGCAAACGUACCCCGAGAGGCCGAAGAGGCUGGAAGAAGUUUUAUGCUGUGCUGAAGGGGAUGAUUCUCUACCUGCAGAAAGAUGAGUAUAAGCCUGAUAAGGAUCUGUCAGAGGUGGAUCUGAAGAACGCGAUCCGGAUUCAUCACGCCAUGGCCACGCGAGCCUGCGACUACAGCAAGAGACCCAACGUCCUUAAACUGAAGACCUCGGACUGGAGGGUCUUUCUGCUGCAGGCCCCGAGCGAGGAGGAAAUGAUGUCAUGGAUUUUCAGGAUCAAUCUGGUGGCCGCUCUCUUCUCCGCUCCUGCUUUUCCUGCCGCUAUCGGCUCAAUGAAGAAAUUCUGCCGACCUUUGCUGCCUUCAUCCACCACCAGACUCAACCAGGAAGAGCAAUUGAAGUCCCACGAGAACAAACUGAAGCAGAUCACUUUGGAACUAGAGGAACACAAGAGGAGCCCGGUAGACCUGAUGCCCAAGAGCAAAGAGUCUGAAGAGUAUCGAAUCAAAGAGCACUAUUUAACCUAUGAGAAAUGUCGAUAUGAGACUUACAUCAGCCUCCUGCAGGCCAAGUUCCGGACGGGAAGUGACGAUUUGGAUAAGAUUGAGGCAAGUUUGUUCAGCAUGGAUGGGAAAGAAAGUUACCUGCGUAAAACUCAGUCGAGCCCAUCUAUUAGCCAAGGUCACGGGAUUAAUGGACGGGCUGGACAUAAACACGCUCUGGAGCACAACAGCUGAAGAGUCUUUCAGUUUGACCUCAUGUUUGAGAUCUCAUGUCUGACCACCCAUGUCUGGAGUGCGAAGGGAUACGUGAGACGGACUUGGAGACAAGCGUAGCAUUAUAACAUCCUUAUUAUUUUAAUGUACAGUAAAUUUAUUACGACCAUUGUAUGUAUUAUUAGUAUUAUUACUACAACAAUAAACAUUGUUAAUAAUGCUAUGAAGGUUAUGUGCCAAAUACGAAAAGCGAGGAGACCAAGACUGUAUUAAAUAGGAUUGAAAAAAAUGCAUUUAAUAUGUCAAAAAUAUCACAACUGUUACAGAAAUAAGACGCACAUUGAUGUUAUGCAGCCGCAUUUUAUGAUGUCAUCAAGAAUUGUGCCGUGACAUCACUCUACAACUGUUUAUUAUUCCAUAUAGGGGCAUGUAAUGAAGACAUGAUGACAUCACACUUAAUUCGUUCAUGACAUCAUUUGGCCUCUUUGUGACAUCACAAUAUGUAUCAAUUCCAAGGCUGUGUGUGUGCGGCUUUAUGAUUGACAGGUCUGGUUAAGAUGUAGCAUUCGGUUUACUUUUGAGGUGCCUCAUUAAGUAGCCAGGUUAAGGGCUUUGCCACGUGCUGGGGUGCAUGUAAAGAGUCCCUGAGUAUUGUAAGAUUCUGUAGUAUUAUACAGCUAUCCCCUUGUAAUUAUUUAUUCUGUUAUAUUUAUUAAUUGUAAAUUUAUUUUCUCCACCCCGGAGCCAAGUUAGUGACACUUGAAUACAUUUGACCCUUAUUUUACUAAGUUUACCAUUUUUGCAUACUCUUUGAUACGGAGCUGACGGAUAUAUAUACCUUAUAUAUAUAAAUAUAUAAUGAUAGAAAGUGUCUUAACAUACAACAGGGUAUGAGGAAAACAUUGUAAAUUCAUUUGUAUGCACGAUAAAGAUGGACUAAACAUCGCUGGGUCUGCGUUACAAAUGUGCAACAGUGCCGAGGAAGACAACAAACCUUUUGGACUUAAAACAACACGCUCUUAUUUCCCUCUUCAAUGGACCGCAAAACCUCUACCAUGUGUUUUUAUGUGCCUGCAGUAGAUUUCAGCCUGGAGAGAACAAUGAGCAGCAGGACUGCAAACAACAUGUCGCCAACCAAUCUCUAUCUCAGUCACUAUAAUGUACUGAUACAUGUUUUAUGUGAUUACGUAUCGCAAACGAGUGACGGAAAUAUGUCACGGUGACUGCUCACGAGCCACUUAAUAAGACUUUGGUCAGCUCUGCUGACACCCAAACCUAAUGGUACAAACUUUGAAAAAGUGCAAGUAGAUUUUUAUAGUCCUGUUUUAAAGCAUGAGGACAGUGAGAGUGAGAGGAUGAGCUUGCGGCUCUUUUAUGCUUUAUGAAAUGUGGAAUGAUAUAAGCUGCAAUUUUAUACGUUCUUAGUAAUGGCUUUCUUAAAGACCUCUCUAUAGCCUACUUUUCGCUUUGGCUGUUGUGCUAACAUGAUUUUCCCGUUUAGGGUAGAACUCAGACGCUGUUGUAAUAAAAGAUUGUGAUGAUUAUU